UCAUGGCGUUGUUGGCGGCGUGGCUGGCCAUGAUCUCAUACUUGAUCCACCGGCUGCUCAAAAUCGGUGGUCGCGACCCCAAAAUGCCACCUGGCCCACCUACCAGACCAAUAAUUGGCAACGAGCAUCUCAUUCCGAAGUCGAACGCUCAUUUCAUAUUCACCGAAUGGGCCAAGCAAUAUGGCGGAAUCUACACGCUGAAGCGGUUCACCAACACGACCUUCAUUAUCUCGGAUCCAAACAUGAUCAGAGAGCUCUUGGACAAGAAGAGCAGUUUGUACAGCCAUCGCCCAGUGUCCUACGUUGGAGAUCUUAUAACGCAAAGGGACCAUCUGCUCUUGAUGCAGUACGGUGAAGAUUGGAGGCGAAUUCGUAAGUUGGUACACCAGUACUUCAUGGAGUCGAUGUGCGAGAAAGAGCACGUUCAUCUUCAGAACGCCGAGGCGACACAGCUCAUGCACGACUUCUUGGUCACGCCGGAGAAGCAUAUGGAACAUCCCAAGCGUUACAGCAACAGCAUCACGAAUUCUCUCGUAUUUGGUAUCAGGACAAAAUCAAUCAGGAGUGAAUAUAUGACACGCCUUUUCGCGUUGAUGGAUGAGUGGAGCCAAAUUCUAGAGGUCGGAGCCACCCCGCCGAUAGACUCAUUUCCACUGCUCAAACUGGUUCCCGAGAGGUUCCUAGGGAAUUGGAAGUCAAGGGCUAUUGGCGUUGGUGAGCUAAUGACAGGACUCUAUACCGAAGUCCUGGACAGGGUUAAGCAACGGCGGGAGUCCAGCCUGAACCGUCGAUCUUUCAUGGAUCGCGUUCUCGACCAAAACGAGAAGAAUGGACUUUCGCAGGCGCGCCUGUUAUUCCUCGGAGGAGUGCUCAUGGAGGGCGGUUCUGACACGUCCUCCUCACUCCUUAUCGCCAUGGUUCGGGCUAUGAUUGAGUUUCCUGAAGUCCAGAAAAGAGCUCAGGCAGAGAUAGAUGCUGUUGUCGGUGAGCAUAGAUCCCCGACGUGGGAGGACUUUGAAAGGCUUCCCUACAUCAACAUGAUGAUCAAAGAGAGUCAUCGUUGGCGUCCAGUCAGCCCACUAGGUGUUUCACACGCAGUGGCAGAAGAUGAUUGGGUUGGAGGCUAUUUGAUUCCCAAGGGUUCGACAGUUGUUCUCAACGUAUGGGCAAUGCACCAUGAUGAGACGCGCUGGGAAAAGCCCGCUGAUUUCAUGCCGGAGCGUUUCGCUUCGUACCCUAAGCUUGCCUCCCAGUACACAAGUGACGGGUCGACCCGUGACCACUUCGGCUACGGUGCAGGCCGCCGCGUGUGCCCUGGUAUCCACCUAGCCGAACGCAACCUGUUCAUCGCAAUUUCGAAGUUGCUGUGGGCCUUCGACUUCAGCAAGAAGGAAGGCAAUAAUCAGGCGGUCGAGUCGAGCAUUGGAUUUCUGCAAUGUGUUCGUGAGUACGAGUGCCAGAUCAGUGUCAGAUCUGAGAAAAGGGCGGAAACAAUUGGGCGGGAGUUUGAAGAGGCUGGUAAUAUCUUUGCCAACUACGACUAG